AUGGAAUCAGAUUUUGAGACGAACGAUACGCUUACACUGUCACAGGAUCCAUUCGAUGCCAACGACAAUGAUAAUUUGGAUGCUGAAGGGGAAAGAUGUGGAAUAUGUAUGGAUAUGGUUAUUGACAGGGGAGUAUUGGAUUGCUGUCAGCACUGGUUCUGUUUUGUAUGUAUUGACAACUGGGCUACCAUCACUAAUCUCUGCCCACUUUGCCAGAAUGAGUUUCAGUUGAUCACCUGUGUUCCAGUAUAUGAUACCAUAGGGAGCAAUAAAGUCGAAGAUGGCUCAUUCUUCAGAGACGAUGACUGGUCGAUUGACGGGAAGAAUAACAGUUUGUCAUUUCCCUCUUACUACAUUGAUGAAAAUGCAGUUACUUGCUUGGAUGGCGAUGGAUGCAAAAUUCGAAAUGGAUUGGCAAGUAUUGAAGAAGAUUCUGGUCUGGAUACAUCAAUUGCUUGCGAUUCAUGUGAUCUAUGGUAUCACGCCUUCUGUGUGGGAUUUGAUACUGAAGGUACAUCUGAAAGUACAUGGUUAUGCCCACGGGUUCGUUUUAGAUGCGAGGUUGAUGAAGGUUCUAAAAAAACAGAUACCAGUUCAAUAAAGGAGGCUACCCUGGAGUGUAACCCAGAUAAUAAUAACAGUGAAUGUCAUGCUGAGGAUUCCUUUUCAGGAAUAGUGUCUGUUUCCAUUGCUGAUACUGGAGAGACAGCUGUUGUUGUCUCAAUGGUUGACCGAAACAAAUGGGUUCCAGAAACAAACGAGAGAGGCCUUUGUCCUCCUGUAGUUGAUGGGGAUCGGUUGACUGAAUCAUGUAAUUUAAUGUCUGAUACUAAUAAUCAGCCGCAGGCACCAGAGAAGACAACUUUGUCACCAAUUAUGAAGAGAGAAGAACUAGAGCUGUUCUUAUCACACCAAACUUCUAAAUCCUUCAUGCAUAAUGAUUUAAAGAAAAGAGAUAAUGGAACAAGAUGUGAGCUGAGUAGCUCUGAUGGAACCAAGUUAUUUGAUGAGUCCCAUUCCAAAACUAGUCCAUGCAAAACUGAAUCUGAUAUGGGUCUUCAUCUGGGUUUAUCGCUGGGCUCUUUUUUAACUGUCGAUAAUGUGGACACGAGCGAAACUAAAGAUCAAGCAACUGAUGCCCCAUGCCCGAGUCCUGAAGAUUUUCCUUUGAAAGGAGAUGAAAUCGAAAUCAAUGCUUGUGAGGACAGUGCCAGAGUGGCUGGUAGAAAGAGGAAGCAUUUUGAUUACAGUCAUGAGCAAGUUCAUACAAAAGCUAAUGAUGAAGAUGCCAAGCCCGAACUAUUGGUUGAAGCUUCACAAAAGAAAAUUAGAGCAGCUGAUAAUCAAAUUAUUAGUGCUAAUGACUCGUCUGGCGCUCAACUUUCUGACGAUGCUAAGAAAAGUCCUGCUCGAAAACAUUCUCCAACAAAGGAGAUUGCGGCAUCCGAUAUAAUGAAUAUAGUUAAAGGGACAAACCGUAGGCUUUCCAAGGGACUAGCUGACACUAAUGCGAGUGAAAAGUUAGCUGUAAAGAAAGGAAACAUGGCUGGGUUGAGGGUUAAAAAGAUUAUGAAAAGAGUUUCUGAUGAUGGAGAAUCAUCCUCAGUUGUCCAAAAUCUAAGGAAGGAAAUUAGAGAGGCUAUCCUCAACAAAUCCUCCAUAAACUUUGAGGAUAACCGUUUUGAUAAAAAUCUUCUUGAAGCUUUUAGGGUUGCUAUAACAGGGCCUAAAACUGAACUUGUAAAUAAAUUAUCCCCUACAGCUCUGAAGGCAAAGAAGUCAAUGUUGCAGAAAGGGAAAGUACGGGAAAAUCUAACUAGGAAAAUUUUCGCAUCAUCCAAUGGAAGGAGAAAGCGUGCAUGGGAUAGGGAUUGUGAAAUUGAGUUUUGGAAAUAUCGUUGCAUGAGAGCUUCAAAGCCUGAAAAGAUCGAAACUUUAAAAUCAGUUCUCGAUCUUUUAAGAAAAAGUUCAGAGAAUCCAGAAUCAGAGCAAACUCCCAGCUGUCAAGCCAAGAAUCCAAUUCUUUCCAGAUUGUACAUAGCAGAUACAUCUGUUUUCCCACGGAAACAAGAUGUCAAACCUUUCUCAGAGCAAACUAAACAAAAUAACCCUUCAGCAAAAGGGACAAAUCAAUCUGCUGAUAACAAAAUUAUUAAAGCAACAGAGGUAAAUUCCCUCUUAUCAAAGACCAAAGUUUGUUCAUCUGAGAAAAAAGUAGAUAAGAAGAUUGUACAUGGUCCUGUUGGUAAAGUACAUUCGAGCAGUCACUCAGAAGCAACAUCAGUAUCAUCUUCUGCCGGUGCCAAAGUUGGCACAAAGGAGUCAGGCCUUAAAUCUGAUUCUGUGAAAGGUGAUAAAAGAAAAUGGGCUUUGGAGGUUCUUGCGAGGAAAACAGCUGUUGGAAGCAAGAGCACAGCAAAUGAAAGCCAGGAAGACGAUGCAGUUUUUAAAGGAAAUUAUCCUUUGCUUGCCCAAUUACCAACUAACAUGCGACCAGCGUUGGCACCUUGUCGCCACAAUAAAAUUCCUGUAUCCGUGAGGCAGGCACAGCUUUACCGCCUGACGGAACGUUUAUUGAAGAACGCAAAUCUGCCAAUCAUUCGCAGAACUGCAGACACAGAAUUGGCUGUUGCAGAUGCAAUUAAUAUUGAAAAGGAGGUUGCUGACAGAUCAAGCAGCAAGCCAGUGUAUCUGAAUCUUUGUUCACAAGAACUAUUGCACCGCACAAAUAAAACAAAAUCGAAUGUAGACCCAGACACAACUCCACCAACCUCGUCUCCAGUGCAUACUGAUCAAUCAGAACUAAAUACCGAUGAUCUUUCGUCUGACCCUGACGUUCAAUUAGCGUUGAAAAAUGCUGGUUUGUUUGAUUCGCCACCAAGCAGUCCACAGAAGAACAAUGAAAUAUGUAACGAAAAUGAAGUGUCAGGGCCCAAUGAUAUACUUGAACUAGAUUCUCAUCCUGAGCUGGAUAUUUAUGGUGAUUUUGAGUAUGAUUUAGAAGAUGAUGAUUACAUAUGUGCUAGUGUUACAAAGGUCCCAAAUCUAAAACAAGAGCAAAGUGAACCAAAAGUGAAACUUGUUUUCUCCACCACGAGCUUGAAGAAAACAAAUAAUGAUUUGGAUUGUGCAGACUGUAAGGGGUCUGAAAACAAUGAAGUGCCAGGAGAUGCCUCUUGCUCACCAAACUGUCAAAAUGAUGCAGUGCACAGGGAUGCUACCAUUGAUGCAGAUAUUGGCCAGCCUUCGGUUUCUUCUGGGCUUCUACCAUGUGAGGAUACUGUUGAGCCAGCUGAUUCCGAAUUUGAAGAAUUAUACGGCCCUGAUAAAGAACCACUUAUAAAAAAGUUUCCAGAUGGUGAAUUACAAUCAUUGCAUGGAGAGGGCAGGACUGAAUCUCAAAGUGAGAAUAACAACUGCCAUAAGGACGAAGAACAUGUCUUAGACAAAGCAGUUAAUGGUGCUGAAUUAGGGAAUGAGAAUCUCACAGAAAAUGUGCUUGUCCCUACCAUCACUGACAAAUCUUCUAAUAUAUCUGGGACUGAUGAAAAUAGUCAAAGGAAUAAAGAGAAAUCUGACAUCCCUGCCCAGCAGUCUAACAAUGAAAAUCAAAUAGCAAAGAAGGUAGAAGCCUACAUCAAGGAGCAUAUCAGGCCACUGUGCAAGAGUGGUGUGAUCACGGCGGAGCAGUACAGGUGGGCUGUUGCAAAAACAACUGAGAAGGUUAUGAAAUAUCAUUGCAAAUCAAAGAAUGCUAAUUUCCUCAUAAAGGAAGGUGAGAAAGUAAAGAAACUUGCGGAGCAGUAUGUUGAAGCAGCCCAACAGAAUAGAAAAAAUUGA